GAAACAUUGCAUUCCGUGACAACCUCCUUUCUUCACGAAGCUCUACUAACUAAGGAUUACAAAGUCAGCGAGUUUAAAAGGGGGGCUCCGCUCCUUCGCGACGAAUGUCUCAAUAAAUAAAAAAAGGACUAGCAUGACCAGACGUAAACAAAACCCCCUUCCGUUAUGUCUGUUCUGCUUGCUCUAUAUUCCUGGUCAAGUAGCCCAGACCAUCACCAUCCCCAUGAUCAUUGUUCAGGCAAUAAAUAUUAUCUCCCGGCAUAGAGAUCUCUGCCUGCUGCGUUUUAAUCUUUAUUCUGCUCCUCCCUCCCUCCCUCCUCCUCAUCUUCCUUCUUCUUCUUCUGCCCCAAAGAAAAAGGUUAAAACCCGUAUUACUUCCAACAACCGGGGGUAUAUAUCUGCCACCACCACCGCCGCCGCCGCCGUCUCCUCCAUCCGGACCGGUUUCCCCAUCAAACUAACUACCUACCUAGGUAGGUACCUUAGGUAGUAGUUAAAACUAGGCUGGCCUCCUCCCUACCCGCCCAUCUUGACGUCGCCGCCGCUCUCGCCUUUGUCGGCGGCCUUGAUCCACAACACGUUGUUACAUCUGCGCACAUUGAUAUCUUUUAUUAGCCAAGAUUCCAAGUCCCCCCCCUCUCAGGUUGUUGUUGUUGUGCAAUCCGGGGAAAGGAGGGACAGAGGAGAGAGGUAGAG